ACAGCAAACUUUAGUUCAUCUCAUUACAGCCAUGGCAGCGGAUACAGGCGUGAGCGUGAAAUUGCAGGGUGGCCCUUCUGACCUUUGGAAAAGAAAACUGAAAACAUUGUUCACGUGUAUCGAUGCAGAUGGAAAUAAAUUUAUUAACAAGGAAGAUUUGCCCGUCUUGGCUGGCAAGUUUCAGAAGUUUGGGGGAAUGACGGACGAUGCCAUGAACUCGUUCAGUGAAAAACUGUCAUCAUGGUGGGAUGCAAACUUCAAGAAAGAGGAAUCGCUCAGUUUUGAGGAUUUCAUGAAGGGCAGGAUUGAAGUUAUGCAAUCGGCGAGAGCGAAUGAAGAUGCAGAGGUGCACUACAAAGCCAAUUUGACGAUGAUGUUUAAUGCAAUAGAUUUAGACGGAGAUGGAGUCAUCUCGCUUCCUGAAUGGAAGAUCUACUACCACGCAAUGGGAAUUCACGAUGAGCAGAAGGCUGAAGAGAGUUUCAAAAUUGUCGACACCAACGGAGACAACAAAAUGAGUCUUGAUGAAUACAUUGCCGGCGCCUUCGAUUUUAUGUAUAAUCAAGAGGAAUCUCCCAACACAUACUUCCUUGGUCCAUUGCAAUCUCUAUGACAAUGUUUAGGGCCAUUUCAUCCAUUUAGAGCCCCUUUAUUCGCUGCAUAUUAUUAUAUUAUAAUCCAAUGAAAUAGAGAAUUUAAA